UCGACGGGGAGGAGGAGAGAGAGAGGGAGGAAGGAAAGGCUCUCCAGCUGUGGGGAGAAUGUCUGGGGGGUUGUCCGGGUCCGAGGCUGCCCCGCUCCCCCCGGGCUUCGCCAAGAGGAUUUUGGUGACCGGCGGCGCGGGCUUCAUUGCAUCUCAUGUAGUGGUUUCCCUUGUAGAGAAGCAUCCAAACUAUAUGAUUAUUAAUCUUGAUAAGCUGGACUAUUGUGCAAGCUUAAAAAAUCUUGAGAGAGUUUCUGAGAGACAGAACUACAAGUUUAUCCAGGGGGAUAUCUGUGAACCCAAUUUUGUAAAAGAAUUAUUUGAGGCUGAGAAAUUUGAUAUAGUGCUACAUUUUGCAGCUCAAACACAUGUAGAUCUUUCUUUCUGGCAUAAGCUUGAAUUCAACUAUGUCAACGUUUAUGGAACUUGCAUUCUGGUCGGUGCUGCUUAUGAGGCUAAUGUGGAGAAGUUCAUAUAUGUCAGUACUGAUGAAGUUUAUGGGGGAAGCUACAACAAGGAAUUUGAUGAAUCCUCAUCUAAAAAACCGUCAAAUCCUUAUGCAGCUUCUAAGGCGGCGGCUGAAUGCAUUGUCCAGUCAUAUUGGGAAAGAUACCAGUUUCCAGUGGUUAUCACGCGGAGCAGCAAUGUUUAUGGACCCCAUCAGUUUCCAGAAAAAGUUAUUCCAAAGUUCAUUUCUCGCUUGCAGCAGAACAGAAAAUGCUGUAUUCAUGGCUCAGGACUUCAGAGAAGAAAUUUUCUUUAUGCCAGUGACGUAGCCGAAGCAUUUCUUACUGUUAUGAAGAAGGGGCAGCCAGGGGAAAUCUACAACAUUGGGACCAGCUUUGAGAUGUCGAUUGCACAACUUGCAAAGGAAUUAAUCCAUCUAAUUAAAAAUACCAGUUCUGAAGCAGAGACAGAAUAUUGGAUGGAUUAUGUUAAAGACAGGCCUACGAAUGACUUGGGAUAUCCAAUGAAUUCUGGAAAAAUGCACAGCUUGGGCUGGAGACCUAAAGUGCCUUGGAAUGAAGGAAUAAAGAAAACCAUUGAAUGGUAUCAAGAAAACUUCCACAACUGGAAGAAUGCGGAGAAAGCUUUGGAGCCUUUUCCUGUUGCUGAAGAAUCGGUAUGAUUUAGUCUGCGGCAAAGUUGUGAAGAAAAAUAAUAAUGAAGGAAAACAUUCUACCUCAAGAUCAUCACAUUAUUGAAAAACUGUACUCAAGCAGCAAAAUGGGAUUGUAUUCAUAGAAUGUCAACUAUCAAUAAUAUGAAGAAAGACAAUGGAGUACAAUUUUACAGUAUGGGCUGUAAGGGCUAACGCCUUUUAAUCAGCAUUCCAGUGCAAUAUUGAAGCUUUAAUAUUUUUCUAUAAAAAUAAUAAUUGAAUUGGAGCAAUUUUUAUUAAAUAAUGCACUUUUUAAUACAA